AACCAAGCUACGCGCAAUUUGUGCAUAUGGGCGGCACACCUGAUGAAGUUGCCAUGAAGGUGGUGCAAACUCAGAAAGAAGACAACGCCUUCUACGUGUGCGACCUGCGUGAACUGAAGAACAGAGUGCGCCUCUGGCGGCAGCAACUGCCCCGCGUUAUUCCUUAUUUCGCAAUUAAGGUUUGCACAGAUCCCGUCGUCGUGCAGACUCUGGCCUGCGAAGGAGUGAACUUCGAUUGUUCAAAUAAGUGGGAAAUCGAGGCGGUUGUCAACACUGGUAUCGACCCUUCUCGUGUAAUUUACGCCAACCCAGCCAAGCAGUCAUCGCAUCUUGAGUUCGCCAAAAACACUGGGGUAACAAUGAUGACCUUCGACUGCGCCGAAGAACUGGAGAAGAUUUCGGACAAGAACUCCAGGCUACUGUUAAGGGUUAAAGCUCAAGGAGGAGUAAUCGAAGGGAAGAUGGCGGCAAAGUAUGGAUGUUCGUCGGACGAAGCCGCGCCUUUACUCCUCACAGCCAGAAAUUUGGGCCAUUCUGUUGUUGGCGUUGCAUUUCACGUUGGUGCGAUUCAUUACAAUCCGGAAACUUUCGCGCACGCAAUCGCUCAAGCUCGAGAAGUUUUUGACGUUGCUAAGAAAUUUGGAAUCGAGAUGAAUGUGCUUGAUAUCGGCGGAGGAUUUCCGGGUGGCAUCCGGAAGCGAGAAUCCUUCGAGGAGGUAUGCCGGGCCGUGAGGUGCGCGCUAGACUUGCACUUUCCCGAGUCAAGCGGCAUAAGGGUCAUAGCUGAACCAGGCCAGUACAUGGUGACGGCGCCCUACACUCUGGUGGCCAAAGUGGUUGCCAAACGGACUCGGCAAACUAGCAUCCAUGGUAUCCUUUGUCGUCACCAUGAUGUCUACCUGAACGCAAGUAAGGAGAACUGCAUUCCACGAGAAAUGUACCCCUUCCUGGACAUCGGUUACCAGCCGCUCGGCCCGCCCUACGACCGUCCGCGCACACACUUGACGACGUUGUGGGGAGCCACGUGUCACCCUCUGGACGUACUCGAGGAGAGCGUGCCCUUCUUCGAGGUCUCCGUCGACGAGUGGCUGGUGGUGGACAACGUGGGUGCCUACGGAAUGGUCAAGGCGAGUGGCUUCAACGGUACCGGCUUCCCACCGGUUCACUACAUAACCUCUGCGGAGGACGCACCACGCGUCGCCCAUAUUCUCGAAGCCUCUCCGUUCUCGCCCGGCUACAGUCAGCCUAUGCAGGCUGCGAAAGAAACCUGCUGUUCGGGAAUCGACCCGAACUUAGGCAGCCAUGCGUCGUGAGAACACGACACUUCCUCUUACGUAUUUCAUCUUAGCUCUUCCCCUACCCCAGGGCAGGGUAGCAUACCAGAUACUAGCAUCUAGUUAACCUCCGUGCCUUCCUCUUCUCUCACUUGUCAAGAGUAUAAUCAAUCAAAAUGACAAUCUACUUCAAAA